AUGUUCUUGAUGAGCUCUUCAAUUGUAUUUUCCAACUACUUCAUUUUAUUUAAACGUCACCACCACAGCUCUUUUCUCUCCCUCUCGCCGCAUCAACAACCUUCACCCACUCUUUUCAUACGCCGGCGGUUUUGUCCGAGCUUUAUUACUAAAGCGGAAAGCAGUAAUAGUAACAAUUCAAGUAAACGCAGUAGUUGGUGGUUCAAAUUUUUAUCUGAGGACGAUCCGAGCGCGCUUGGUUUGAAUGACGAUGAUUUGAUGGAGCUCGGAGGGGAAUAUUCAGAGCAACAAGAGUUGUCCGAGGAUGAAAAGUUUGAGGCAUGGAAGCAGAGAGCGGAAGCAAUUAUAGAUUUGAGGGAAGCUCAAGAAGAUAGGAGGAACCAGGACCAUAGGAAAUGGGAAGACUGGCUUAUGGAGGAAGAGGAGGAUGUUAAUGGUACCACUUCUUGGCAGAGGGGAUUCAAGGAUUACAGGGAGGAGAUUCCACCGGAUUCCCGCGAAGAAGGGAUUGUUAAGUCUGUUAGGUCUUUCAUUUUCAGAACAGAACAGGAUGAUGAUGACAUGCUUUAUGAAGACCGUGUUUUCCAGUAUGCUUCUUCAAACUCGGCUAAAUUUUUGGCAGUGUUGAUCAUUAUACCUUGGGCAAUGGAUUUACUGGUUCAUGACUAUGUGCUCAUGCCUUUUUUAGACAGAUAUGUAAAGACUGUACCACUCGCCGCCCAAUUGCUUGAUGUGAGAAAAUGUCAAAAACUUGAAAUAAUUGAGGUAUUAAAAACUGAGAAAGGACGAUUUGAGCUUGAGGUAGAGAUUGGUAAAUCUCCCCCUCUUUCUGAUAGCGAGGUUUGGUGGGAAUUGAGGAAUAAAGCAUUAGAGUUGAGAGAUAAGUGGAGACUGGAGAAUCGCAGUGCAUUUGCCAACAUGUUCUCAGAUACAGUUUUCGGGAUCUCUUUAUUUAUUCUUUUGUACUUCAAUAAGAGUAAAGUAGCUUUACUCAAAUUUGCUGGUUAUAAAAUUAUAAACAAUAUUUCUUAUACUGCGAAGGCGGUUAUUCUUAUAGCUAUAGCAGAUAUUUUACUAGGGUAUCAUUCUGAAAUUGGAUGGCGAGCUAUGAUAGAGACAAUUGCCGAGCACUAUGGGCUUGAAGUAGAUCAGCCUGCUCUUACUAUUUUUAUUGGCACGUUCCCAAUCUUCACGGAUGUUCUCAUAAAAUUUUGGAUCUUCAAAUUCCUCCCACGAUUAUCUCCGAAAGUGAUGGUUAUGCUUCAGAGACUGGGGCGUCACUAG